UCCCACCCACCCAGACACAUAUAAUCCUGCCAGCCUGCCCCCUGCCAGUCUGACCAGGUGGGGGCCAGAGGAGCCUCAACACAGUGAGACAGCCAGAGCAGGCCAGCAAGACGCCAGCCAGGAGAGAGCGAAGAUCAGAGGCAAGAGGUCCCAGGAGUAGAGCCGGCAGCCAAGGCAGCAGGACCAGGACAUCGUGCGGUCAGGCGGCGAGGCUUGGCCAGGAUGCUGGCGGGCCAGCUCUGGAGAGCUAUCAGCAAGGCGCUGUUUGCCGAGUUCCUGGCCACAGGGCUGUACGUGUUCUUUGGUGUGGGCUCAAGUCUGCCCUGGCCCUCCGCCCUUCCCACCGUGCUACAGAUCGCCAUCACCUUCAACCUGGUCACGGCCAUGGCUGUGCAGGUCACCUGGAAGGCCAGCGGGGCCCAUAUCAACCCUGCUGUGACCCUGGCCUUCCUCGUAGGCUCCCAAAUCUCCCUGCCCCGAGCCGUGGCCUAUGUGGCUGCUCAGCUUGCGGGGGCCACUGUGGGGGCCGCGGUGCUUUAUGGGGUCAUACCAGGAGACAUCCGAGAGACCCUUGGGAUUAACAUGGUCCGAAGCAACAUCUCAACUGGCCAGGCCGUGGCAGUGGAGCUGGUUCUGACCCUGCAGCUGGUGCUCUGUGUUUUUGCUUCCACCGACAGCCGCCAGGCAUCGGGCUCCCCAGCUAUCAUGACUGGGAUCUCUGUGGCAUUGGGCCAUCUCAUUGGGGUCUACUUCACUGGCUGCUCCAUGAACCCGGCCCGCUCCUUUGGCCCCGCCAUCAUCCUUGGGAAGUUCGAGGUCCACUGGAUCUUCUGGGUGGGACCCCUGACAGGAGCUGUCCUGGCUUCACUGAUCUACAACUUUAUCCUGUUCCCUGAUACCAGAACCGUGGCCCAACGACUGGUCAUCCUCAUGGGCACUGAAGAAGUGGAGAAAGUGACAGGCGUGGAGCCCGAGAAGAAAGAAUCCUACUCCAGUUCAGGGGAUACUGAAAUGGGGAAUGUGUGUCAGAUAGUAUAGAACUUGGUCCCUGCCUUCCCGAUUCUGAGAGCCCUUUAGGUGGGCAAUAUGCCUCAUAGGACUAGACUUCAGGUUUUACAGAAAAGUGGGGCUGGGGGUGAAUAAGGGCAGGAAAGAUGGGGAGGCUUGGCCUCUUGUCCUAACAGGGUGGGCAGGGAAUGCCACUCCCUAUCCCUGGCAUUAUAUUUCUGGAUAAAAAGAGUCUGGGGAGCAAAUCUGUUCAGUUUCCUCCUCCUGCAUCUCUUAACGGGACAGAGCAGAAGGAGGCUGGGGGAUUCAUGAUUGUCCUCCCCUUCUUUCAUCCAUCUGGACCCUACUGGGCAUCCUGGGCCUCCAGAACCCCUUGUCUGGGGUAUUGGAACCCAGUCAUCCACUUAGCUUAGACACUAAGAGAUUUAGAGACCUCGGGGAACCCCAACUUCUCACUCCACCCUUGGGGAAAGCCAGAUUUCCCAGAAGAAUCAGGCCCCAGGACAGUCUCUGAGCUCCUCAGCGGUAUACCUCUGCUCUUGGGUAUGGUUUGGGAGCUACCGACCUGCCCUCAGCCUGGGGGCUUCCUGAGGACAGAGACAGCCCUUCCCAAAGAUCUUCAUUCCUCCAAAUGCUCAGGAGAGGACCCCACCCUUGGGAAGCGCUGAUGCCGAGAGGAGCCUUUCCUAGGGCUGGCAGAGGAGCAGCAUAUGGACAAGGGAGGUUUGGGCUGAACAGGCCUUUUCCAGGUGUUUGCCCACCUUCCACCCCACAGCCCCAUUCAUGGGAGCAAUCCGGGGGGGUGAGGAGGGGAAGGGGAGUCCCUAUCCCAGCCCCUAGUCCAUGACCUGGGCCACAAGCUGUGUCCAGCCUCAUUCUCAGUUCUACCAACAUCCUCAAAAAGCUAUUGAGUUAAGUCCAGGGAUGGUAAGUUAAGUCCUUGGUUUCAGGAAUGACCCAAGAAACCAAGAUUUGCGUUCAGUGCCUCUGAAGAACUACUAGGUCUCAAUUGGUCUGCUAUUAUUUACAAGCUGCUGUAAAUAUACUCUCCCCAAGACUUGGGGCCCUACCUGGACCUUGGCUUCCCCAGCUAUAAAAUGGGCAUAAUCCUCCCCCAGGGCCUGCAAUGAAAACAAACAAGAGAUUGGAAAAUGUUUUUGGAAGUUAAAAUGCUUAAAAAACAAACCCAAUAAAUGAUUAUUGUAGCUGUUACUGUAA